ACUUGCUGCCACUGACUGCCCGCCACUUCUCUUUCCUGUUAAUUCACUGUCUCCUAUUAUGCAUAUCAUGGCAUCUUUUCCUUGCAUUGUUUGAUAUUCUGGUGUUCUUAUGUGAGAAGUAGUUGAUCGCAGAUAACAAUUUCUGUUUGUAAACUUUGAAGAGUAUAGUUCAUGAGAAGGAAUGAUAGAUUCUUUUUUUCCUAAAAAAAAUGUACGAAUCAACUCUGAAGAAGGAAUAUAUUAUAAGAAAAUUGGCAGUUUAGGAGAGCUAUUUACAUGGAACAAGUACUCUUAACUCACAGUUCUUCUUAGAGUCUAAAUUCCACCAUCAACUACCAAACUGUUCGCUUCACACCCUUCAGCUAUAAAAAACAGUGCAAAUCAGCUACAAAAAUAAACAAAUAAUUAAACCACCAUGGUUAUGGUUUUGGCUGGGGGCAUCUACAUGUUCACUAAGUUGGCCAACAAAACUCAGUAAGUUUAUUCAACAAAAAACUGGAAUUAUUGAAUUAACUUCACGAUGUCAAGCUUCAACUUUUGAGCAGAGCUGGGUAAACCUGUGAAUAUAAUCGAAUCAAAACUUUGUUUCAGAGCAGGAAAAUAGCAUUAUUGCUCCAUGCUUAAUUAGGUUGACCAUGAGCAACCAGUAAGCCAAAUCGUGAGCUUUUCUAAUUUAGUUUGGGCCAAAGCAACGUUGUUUGUUUACAAAGGCAGCCAUGGGCAUUGGAUUGGAAACAGAUACGAUACGCGGAUAGCUCAAGUUUGACCACUCUGCAUGUGAUAGACUGGCACGUAACUUCUAGAAAGAUUUCCUGAAACGGGCACAAAGGGCCAAGCCCAAACCAAGGAAGCCGUAUAAAAACUGUCCACCGGCAGCAGCCGACAUGCCAGAGUCAAAAGCUGAAGGCAUAUAGUCAGCGUGAAGCAGCUACAUCUAACCAGAUUUGGAAUAAACACCAAUACCAAGUUGCUCCCCUGCUCUAACCACGAAAGUCCUUUGCCUGGCAGCAAGCUCUUUGCUACGCACCAGCACGCCUCCACCAUGGAAAUGCGUGUCCUGAGCUUGCUGCCUUCCGCCAUCGCCGUCAUGAUCGCAGUGGCCUCCUGGGGAGCGAACGGCAGCGGCGACGAGGCUGGUGCAUUGCUCGCUUUCAAGGCAGAGCUCGCCGGCCGCGGCUCCGGCGUGCUCCCCUCCUGGAACGGCAGCACCGGCCUCUGCGGUUGGGAGGGCGUGGGGUGCAGCCGCGGCCGGGUGGUGUCACUUAGCCUGCCCUCCUACGGGCUCACCGGUGCCCUCUCCCCGGCCAUCGGGAACCUAACGGGCCUGCAAACGCUGAACCUGAGCUCCAAUUGGUUCCAAGGGGAGGUCCCGGCAAGCAUCGGCCGCCUGGUGUAUCUGCAGACGCUUGAUCUGAGUUACAAUGCGUUCUCCGGUACGCUGCCUGCCAACCUCAGCUCCUGUGUCAGCUUACUGUUCUUGAGGCUCAGCAGCAACCAGCUCCGUGGGCACAUCCCCGUCGAGCUUGGCGACAAGCUCACAAGCCUUCAGAAGCUUUCACUGGCAAACAACAGCUUGACGGGCGCCAUCCCAGGAUCACUAGCCAACCUGUCAUCCCUGUACUUCCUUGAUCUGACUACAAACCAGCUCGAGGGUCCGAUCCCAGCUGAACUGGGCAGCAUGGGGGGCCUGCAGGUCCUUGAACUCUUCGAGAACAAGCUCUCCGGUGUGCUUCCCCACUCCCUGUACAAUUUGUCCUUGCUAAAGAACUUUCAGGUAGAAUUCAACAUGCUCUCUGGAACUAUUCCUGCUGAUAUCGGCGAUAGGUUCCCCAGCAUUGAAAUUCUUAGCUUUUCUGGCAAUAUAUUCAGUGGAGCGAUCCCGUCUUCGCUCUCCAACCUCUCUGCUCUCACAAAACUUGGCCUCUCAGGGAACAGUUUUAGUGGAUAUGUGCCUCCUGCUUUGGGGAAGUUGCAAGGUCUCACUGACCUGUACUUGAAUGGCAACAGGCUAGAAGCGAACGACAGGCAGGGGUGGGAAUUCAUCACUUCGCUGACAAACUGUAGCCAGCUUCAGCACCUGGUUCUUGGCAACAACUCUUUUAGUGGGGAAUUGCCUAGUUCAAUCUCAAACCUGUCGACAACUCUCCAAACUCUUUAUUUGGGAGACAAUAGGAUUUCAGGGGCUAUUCCAUCGAACAUCGGCAACUUGGUUGGUCUGAAAGCACUUGAGAUGGCAAAUAGUUCCCUAUCUGGAGCGAUUCCAGAGAGCAUUGGUAGGCUAGAAAACUUGGUUGAGUUAGGCCUUUACAGUACUACCUUGUCAGGCCUCAUACCUCCAUCACUAGGAAAUCUUACACAGUUGAAUAGGCUUUAUGCAUACUAUGGCAAUUUGGAGGGGCCAAUUCCAACAAGCCUUGGAAACUUGAAGAAUCUGUUUGUCCUUGAUCUGUCGACGAAUCGACUCAAUGGUUCAAUUCCCAGAGAGGUGUUAAAACUUCCUCAACUUUCUUUCUACUUGGACUUAUCAUACAAUUCAUUAUCUGGGCCACUUCCAACUGAAAUUGGUAGACUAGCAAACCUUAACCAACUGAUUCUGUCAGGAAACCAGUUGUCAGGCACCAUACCUGAUAGUAUUGGGAAUUGCAUAUCGUUGGAACGGUUGUUGCUGGACCAGAACUCAUUUGAGGGAAGCAUACCUCAAUCUCUGAAGAACUUAAAAGGUCUCGCUUUACUGAACCUGACCAUGAACAAGUUGUCCGGUAGUAUUCCUGAUGCCCUUGCUAGUAUUGGCAACCUGCAACAAUUGUUUCUAGCACACAACAACUUGUCAGGUCGGAUCCCCACAGUUCUACAGAAUUUGACAUUAUUGUCAAAACUAGAUCUGUCCUUCAAUGAUCUGCUAGGUGAAGUGCCAAAAGGGGGUGUUUUUUCAAAUGCAACUCACUUGUCAAUUGAUGGAAAUGAUGAGCUUUGUGGUGGAACACCUCAACUUCAUUUAGCUCCAUGCUCCACGCCUGCUGUGGAAAAGAAUAACAGGCAGCUGUCAAAAUCCCUUAUGGUCACCCUAACAUCAAUCAGCACACUUUUAUUCUUAGUUUUAGUAGUUGCUCUUAUUCAGUUGAUCCGCAAGAAGCUCAGAAAGAAACAGGCAAGCCAAUUCAUUCCCACAGUAAUUGAUGAACAGUAUGAAAGAGUUUCUUACCAAGCAUUGGCAAGUGGAACUAAUGGUUUUUCAGAGGCCAAUUUACUUGGGCAAGGAAGCUAUGGUGCAGUUUAUAAAUGCACUUUACAUGAUCAGGGUACUACCACAGCUGUAAAGGUGUUUAACAUACGACAGUCUGGGUCUACAAGAAGUUUCGUGGCCGAAUGUGAGGCACUGCGAAGGGUGCGCCAUCGUUGUCUCAUAAAGAUCAUCACCUGUUGCUCAAGCAUCGAUCCCCAAGGUCAAGAAUUCAAGGCACUGGUUUUUGAGUUCAUGCACAACGGUAGUCUGAAUGAUUGGCUGCAUCCAGCAUCCAAAACACACACUGUGAGCAAUACGCUCAGCCUAGCUCAGAGACUAGACAUUGCUGUAGAUAUCAUGGACGCUUUGGACUACCUUCACAAUCAGUGUCAGCCGCCAUUAAUCCAUUGCGAUCUCAAACCAAGCAACAUCCUCCUCGCGGAAGAUAUGAGUGCUCGAGUUGGAGAUUUUGGCAUAUCAAAAAUCCUUCCUGAUAACACAAGCAAAACUCUGUUAAAUUCAAUUAGCUUCACCGGGCUAAGAGGCUCCAUCGGUUAUAUCGCUCCGGAGUAUGGUGAGGGUUGUCCAGUCUCAACUCUCGGGGAUGUUUACAGCCUCGGCAUAUUGUUGCUUGAGAUGUUCACUGGGAGGAGCCCUACUGAUGACAUGUUCACAGACUCCUUGGACCUUCAUAAGUUUGCCAAGGCGGCUCUCCCCAGCAGAGCCUUGGAGAUAGCCGACCCAGCAAUUUGGCUGCAUGAAGACGCAAAGGAGAAAGAUCCUGCCAUUGCUACCAUGGUGAGAAGCAGAAGUGAGGAUUGUUUGGUUUCAGUGAUUGGGCUUGGUGUGUCCUGCUCAAAGCAGAAGCCUCGAGAGCGAAUGCAGAUGCGAGAUGCUGCUGUGGAGAUACGUGCAAUCAGGGAUGCGUACCUCAUGGUCGCCAACUCGCUGGAUGGGGAUCUGGGAGAGAAAAGCAAGACACCACUCGCUGUGUUUUGAAAUAACAACUUUGAUCAUAUAGUGCAGCAUGUUUCAUUUGGAGAAAUUUAAUUUACUCUGAACCUCUUUGUAUGUGAAAUAAUAAUAAAAUGGUGAUCUCUUGAUGGAGACAUAAAACUAAAGUCUACCAGGUAAUCUUUUA